GGCUCUCCGCGCUCACCGGGGUCCGGGCGAGCCCCGAGCGGCUCGGACCAAUCCAAAGCGAUUAUGCAAGACGGGGAACCAAUCAGCUCCGUCGGCUCAUGAAUAUUCAUCGGCUCGGAUGAGUCAAAGCUUUUAGGCGAGUUUGUGUAGAUGAGCGGCAUCACGCUCAGACUUUUCAAAGAGACAAACUCCAUUUUCUUAUGAAUGGAAAGUGAAAACCCUGUUCCGCUUAAAUUGGGUUCUUUCCCGUCCUGAGAAACACAACAGACCCCCAAAAGGCACGCUGAAGAGAGAGCACACACACAGACCCAGCGGCGAGAAAUGACCAUGACCACCAUGCCUGAGAGUCUAAACAGCCCCGUCUCGGGGAAGGCCGUCUUUAUGGAGUUCGGGCCGCCCGGCCAGCAAAUGUCUCCUUCUCCCAUGUCCCACGGACACUAUUCCAUGCACUGUUUACACUCCGCGGGCCACUCGCAGCCCGACAGCGCGUACAGCACAGCUUCGUCCUUCUCCCGACCGCUGGGCUACCCCUAUGUGAACUCGGUGAGCAGCCACUCCGGCAACCCCUACAUCAGUUCAGUGCAGCCCUACCCCAACAGCUCCGGCCUGGCCCAGCCCCGGCUGGAGGAGACAGGUAGGU